AUGUCCCACAAUCAACAAGUCCUUCGCUCCGAGGUUGUCCUCGAGAAGCAUGGAAAAUCCCUUGCCGGAAAGACAGUUCUCAUCACCGGUGUCUCCGACGACUCCAUCGCCGGCGAACUAGCACUGCAACUCGCAAGCGCCAACCCCAAGCUCCUCAUCCUAAGCGCCCGCGCCGAAUCAAAGGUCGCAGGAAUCCAGGAAAAGAUCAUAUCAUCCAACCCAAAUGUCCAAACACGUUUCCUGAACAUGGACCUGAGCGAUCUCAGCGCCGUCCGAAAGGCCGUUGACGACCUCUCCGAUGUUCUCCACAUCGACCACCUAGUCUGUGUGGCUGGCAUUAUGUUCCCGCCCUAUAACAAGACGAAAGAUGGAUUUGAGAGCCAGCUAGGCGUGAACUAUUUGGCCAACUUUGUGCUUGUCAAGUUGCUUUUGCCUAAGGUUCGGGCUGCGGGUCCAUCCUCGUCGAUUGUCAUUAUGGCUUCCUCGAUGGCGAGACAGGGGAAAGUUCACUUUGAUGAUGUUAACUUCAGCAACGGUGAGACUUACGAUCCCAUGGUCGCAUAUGGCCAAUCGAACGCGGCCAGAGUGAUGUUCGUCAAAAGACUGGGAGAGAAGCUCAAGGAUGAGCAAAUCCGUGUUUUCAGUGUCGAUCCUGGUGCUGUUCAAUCCGGUCUGCAGCGACACUGCCCACCCGAAUUCUUGGACCAGGUUGCCGAAUGGAAGAAGGCCGGACCUAUGGUUGAUAUGGAUGGAAAUACUUUCGAAAUCCCCCCAUGGACAAGCACUUCAGAGGGAGCGGCCACGGUCAUCACGGGAAUGGUCGACCCGGCUAUCUCUGGCUACAACGGCUCCUACCUGAACCAGAACGCAGUCUCCGAUCACGAACUGCACAGUCACAUCAACGAUACAAACAACUGGACCCGGCUGUGGGAGUUGAGCGAGAACCUGACCCAACAGAAUUUCUCCCUGUAA